AUGGCUCCGCCUGAAGCCGAUAAUUUGGGCUGCCCGGUGGGCCGGGGGCAGGCGGGGAGGAUGCGGGAGGCCCUGUCUCAAGGAAGUGCUGCGCAGUCAACUCCUUACGGCGACAUCCGCCACGUCGCAAAAGCUUUCCACCCCGAUCCAAUGGACCGGCAGGAGGGAUUCGAGGAGGAGCAAACCGAGCUUGACGAUCCAGGCUUCCCCGGCAUUCUGUUGCGUGACAGCCUGGACUACGCUUGGUACCGCCGAAGUAUUUCCCAAGGAAGAGCGUCCCUCCGCAGAUCGACGAAGAGUUCGCCGCCGCCCUGA